GGCGGUGGCUGUGGCACGCUCCAGCCCCCCGCGCAAUACGGGAGGAGGCGUGCAAGCGCGGAAGAAAGCAGGGUGUUGCCCGCCCGGGGCACCGCGAGGAGCAGGCGGGGCUGGGUGCGUGCGCGGCGGCCCCGGCCGGGCUCCGAGCCAGCGUCCCUGAGCGGCGGGGGCGGGGGCAGGGCCGGGGCCGCACCUUUCAGCGCCAGGCGGAGGCAGCGCGGCCCCCGCUUCGUAACCCGGGAGCUGCCUGCUGCAGAAGUAGCGUCUGAGGCGGUUAGAGAGAAGUGGUGGUAAUAAAGAGACGAGGACCCGGUUUGCGGGGGAAGGAGCAGCGCUGCGGUGGCCCCACGGCUCCUGCAUCUUCAAGGGGAAAAGUUCUUCCAGCAGAUGUGGUUGGUGGAUCUCUGAAAAUUAAAACAAAUAUGCACUUGAGAAACUCUGCACAUAUAUCAAAAUCCACUGGUAUCCAGAUAUAAUUUUUUUUAAGUACAAUUCCUCCUAUACCUACCAUUGCAGAUCCUCAAAAGACUUGUGGUGCUACUCAUAUUAAGUGUUGUGUGCCAUCAGAUCUGUCCCUGACAUAAAAGAGGAAACUUUGGAAUGGACAUUAUAUUAUUCUAGUCCAGAAAUGAGGAGAUUACCGUAUGUAAAAUACAUCAUUAUAUAGGAAGAAAGAACUGUCUCUUCAGUUUUUCAACUGAAUCAAAGUUAUAAAUGGAAAAUCUAGUACUCAGGGACAUCACAUAGAUUUGUGACACUCCUUACAGGACUUUAAUUCUAUAAUCCAGUGAACAGUUCACUUCCAUGCACCUAUGUAUUUUUCAUCUAUGUCAGAUAAAAUAUGGACAUUUUAUUGUUGUAGUCUUGUCUUAACUGUGAUAAAAUUCUCCAUCCUUCUAUGGGAUCAAAUAUAUCAGCUUUGCUUAUAAUAAACUGUCUGCAUUGUGUUAAUCUGUUUCACCUAUUCUUGGUUUCAUGCAUAGCAAGAAAAAGUCACUCCACAUGAAUAAAGCCAGUGUUUGUGAUUUAUGUAAGUGAACUGUGGUGGUGGGGUCAAGGAAGCAAAACCCACUUGCGAACCUGAGGACAAAGCAUGGGUAGCCCCACAUGCUGUGACUACACUGUGUGGGUUGCCCAUUAUUAGAGCCAAGGAAUCCUAAAUCCUAUAUUUCCUCCUGGGUCUGGCAUUACUGCCGGAUCUGGGAUUGAUUCAGAAACCAAUAAAUUAGCAGGCUUUGAAUCCACUGAUUGCAGUAGGUUUUGUCUCGGGAUGUAUGUGAGGAUAGUGCAAGCAUCAUAGUGCAAAGGCCCUUAUUUACAUCUGACACUGGAAAACAGCUGAAAGAAGAAAGAAGGAAAUAUAAAAAGCCAGUGCAGGUGGGGCAGCUGGUAGAGCAUGGAAGGAAAAUAUAUGUGGGCAGCUGUUCUCUCUAGUCAGGAGUGAGAUAAGGAAGGACAGACCAGCAUGUCACCACACCACAGGGGCUAAAAGGAGGUAAGUGAAAUCACUUCCAAGAAGUAAACAGGGGGACACAUUUUUGUAUAGUGACAUAAGGUUAAAUAUUGAUCCUGAGAUAAUUGUAUACAAAUUGGGGUUGCCUGUUGUCAUGACCCAAAGGGUAUGAUUUUGUGUGUGCUUCAGCACUGCAGAAUUAUUUCCCGCCACAUGGAGCUUUCUUUGCACGGUGCAAUUCUCAGUUGCAUAGAGAAAACCCCGGUGCAAAGGAGUUCCCGCCCCCCGUAUGUAAAUUUGUUUCCCACUAUUGGCUGUUUCUAAAUUAUUCCCAUGUGGCGGCUAGCGAUUGGCUUGCUAGCCGUAUAAGAGGCUUGAGCAGUUUCCGCCCAAGUUGGAGGAGGAGGACUUCACAUCCAUCUCGUGAAGAACUCUAAGUGCGCUGUGGAGCCUAACAAACUCCGCAUGUGCCUUAAAGGAGGAUACAGGGGCCUGAUCAACCUCUAGCCUCUCCCCAUCGCCGCACGAUCCCUUGACGUACCCCACCCUGCAUGCUCAUGGAGAGUCACCUUUCAGACUCUCAUUUCGGACGGUCCACGGAGCCUAGCAAACUCCAUGAGUGGUAUCCAGAGCUCUGUUCGUGUUUGUUUAGCGGAGCCUAGCAAACUCCGCUCGUGUGUCUUCGGUGGAGCCUAGCAAACUCCACGUGUGUGUGUUUUUUUUGUAACUGCAACUCAAGAAAGUUUUUCCUGCCUGCACCGCGACCACCUACGGUGUAAGUAAAACAAUCUUUAAUCAACCUCUAUGAGUCAGUGCCUAAUUCUAGUUCACCGUGCCGACUCUUUCCCCGGCCCACGUGCCCGGGCUGCUGGCCACAGCCCCUCGGCCCCGACAUGGCAACGAGGAUGGGAUACGGGGAAAGCACAAUAGAACUAGAAUUAGUAGAAAACUGCCCUUGGCAAAGUGGGAAACGCGACUUAGCAAGCGUCGUGGAACUGGAGGCGCAUAUCGCUUACCACCAGGCGGGUGGAACAGGUAAAAGGUUUAUCAGCGGACGCCUUUCGCUGAAGGGAGAAGAGGGAGCUUCUGAAGAUGGAGCCCCAAGAGAGAGGGAAGUGUAUCUUCACCCCAUGGCAUUCGGGUGUAUAAUGAACGAUGAGCGGGUCCUGUUUAGGCCCCUCGACACUGUGUCCCUCGCCAGAGUCAGCCCAGCAGGCGCAGUAAACCCGACCCUCACCCGGGAGUGUGCCCGUUGCCUAAGAUGUGCUCGGGAGAGUGAAGAACCGGUGCCGAUCGACCGGUUCUCCCCCUUUAUGCUGGUGUCUAGAUUGAGGGGUCGCGAGCUUCCAUCCGAGUUCCGUGAAGAUCUGGAGACGCAGGAACGCGCCGCAGAUGAGAGGGUAACCCCGAGAUACAACAAGGGGGGAAGGUUAACUGCAACUUUCCGUACAGUAACUGAUCUAAUGCAGAAAAAUUUAAGUUUGAAAGCCCAGCUGCGUAUGGCCGUUCAAGCGGUCAAAGAGGCGACUGCGAAAGAAAAUCUUGAGACGCCACGCCAAGAUGGCGCCGAGCAAGAGGGAGACCGCGUGGAAGAACUGGAAGAGAAGGGUGGAGCUUCGGAGGAACUCGCGAGAGUUCAGCCGGCGACCCCGCCCACUGACGCAGCGUCGCUUCCGGCGACCACGCCUUCUUGCUGACGGAAGGGAGAAUUGAGCGGAGGAGUGCAUCCGCCCCUCCUGCCUGAAACAAUAAAAACAGCAUCGACUCCCGAAGUAACAGCUCGUCCUGUAGCAACAAUCAGCCCAGUGACUGAUGCACAAGAUGGAGUUUGUGCUGCCACCAGUCGCAUUCGUGCUUGGACGGAGUUACAGGAGCUGUACAGAGAAUCUGAAAUGGAAUCUGACGAGGCUAUAGUCUCAUGGCUGGGACUCAUGUCCAUGGAGUUUGAGUUUAAACUAACCACCCUACUGUGUGCAGGUUUUUGUAAAUAUUUUGAUAUACGUUAACUUAUUUUCUGAGAGUUUUGUUUACAGAUCCAGAAUUCAGAGUGCAUGGCGGAGAGAAGCCCCAAGAAGGAUAACAGCACCAGCAGAAGUGAGGGCUUGACGCGCGACUUCGCCAUGACGCCCACUGAAGCCCUGAUCGUGCAAUUUUUGUUAUGAAUCUGGUUAUGUGUGUAUGUAUUUGUGCCGGCUAUUAUUUAAUUCAGUCCCUGGAGGACGAACUUCUUAUGUUAGCUGAUUUUGUGUUUACCCGUUUAGUUCAACAACCCGUUAUAAGAGCUACCGGCGACCUGAGUGACGAGCAUGUGGUAUAAUUCAGCUGUGCCUUCAGCAAGGGGGGGGAUGUCAUGACCCAAAGGGUAUGAUUUUGUGUGUGCUUCGGCACUGCAGAAUUAUUUCCCGCCACAUGGAGCUUUCUUUGCAUGGUGCAAUUCUCAGUUGCAUAGAGAAAACCCCGGUGCAAAGGAGUUCCCGCCCCCCAUAUGUAAAUUUGUUUCCCACUAUUGGCUGUUUCUAAAUUAUUCCCAUGUGGCGGCUAGCGAUUGGCUUGCUAGCCGUAUAAGAGGCUUGAACAGUUUCCGCCCAAGUUGGAGGAGGAGGACUUCACAUCCAUCUCGUGAAGAACUCUAAGCGCGCUGUGGAGCCUAACAAACUCCGCAUGUGACUUAGAGGAGGAUACAGGGGCCUGAUCAACCUCUAGCCUCUCCCUGUCGCCGCACGAUCCCUCGACGUACCCCACCCUGCGCGCUCGUGGAGAGUCACCUUUUGGACUCUCAUUUCGGACGGUCCACGGAGCCUAGCAAACUCCGCUUGUGUGUCUUCGGUGGAGCCUAGCAAACUCCACGUGUGUGUUGUUUUUUUUUUUGUAACUGCAACUCAAGAAAGUUUUUCCUGCCUGCACCGCGACCACCUACGGUGUAAGUAAAACAAUCUUUAAUCAA